AAUAUUUAGUAACCCAUUUGUGCGGAGCUUUCAAUCACCGAAUCCCCUCGUUUUCAUCGACAGUAUUCGGACCUCCCUACCUUCUUCUCUUUUAUCUCUCACUCACUCUGUUUUCUUCACCUUCAGCCCAUCUGCCUGUGGUUCUUCAUUCUCUCUACUCUUCUUCUUCUUCUUCUUCUGGGACAAUUGAAAAACGGUCUCAUUGUUUUCGAAAAUGGAUGCCACAAUGCCCAUUUGCAAGACUGUCACUCCGACUCCCGGCUUAUUUUUUGGGAGGACAAGAGAGAUCCGGAGUUCCCAAUGUAGCUUUAUGGUAGGAAAUAAAGUCAGCUUUCUAAGGCAGAGGGCUCAGGGGGCUCAAGUUAGUUUUAAAUCCAGGAAGCAUGGGGGAGCUCUCCAUGCUACAUGUCGUGCUGAAAAAAUUCUGGUGGCAAACAGAGGAGAAAUUGCUGUUCGCGUUAUUAGAACUGCCCAUGAAAUGGGAAUACCUUGUGUUGCAGUUUACUCAACAAUAGACAAGGAUGCACUUCAUGUGAAAUUGGCCAAUGAAUCAGUUUGUAUUGGUGAAGCUGCAAGCAGUCAGUCGUACUUAGUUGUUCCAAAUGUUUUAUCUGCUGCCAUCAGUCGGAAAUGUACAAUGCUUCAUCCAGGAUAUGGUUUCCUUUCUGAGAAUGCAUCCUUUGUUGAAAUGUGCAGAGAACAUGGAAUCAACUUUAUUGGGCCUAAGCCUGAUAGCAUCCGUGUUAUGGGUGAUAAAUCGACUGCCAGGGACACAAUGAAGAAAGCAGGCGUUCCAACUGUACCAGGAAGUGAUGGAUUACUACAGAGCACAGAAGAAGGAAUCAGACUUGCAGAUGAAAUUGGUUUUCCUGUUAUGAUCAAGGCAACAGCAGGAGGUGGAGGACGUGGCAUGCGUCUUGCUAAAGAACCUGAGGAGUUUGUGAAGCUGUUACAGCAAGCAAAAAGUGAGGCCGCAGCUGCUUUUGGAAAUGAUGGAGUUUAUUUGGAAAAGUACAUCCAAAAUCCUAGACAUAUUGAAUUUCAGGUUCUAGCAGAUAAAUAUGGAAAUGUUGUUCACUUUGGAGAGCGGGAUUGCAGCAUCCAGAGAAGGAACCAAAAGCUGCUGGAAGAAGCACCUUCCCCUGCAUUGACCCCGGAAUUGCGGAAAGCCAUGGGUGAUGCAGCAGUUGCUGCAGCUGCCUCGAUUGGUUACGUUGGUGUUGGAACCGUUGAAUUCCUUUUGGAUGAAAGAGGUUCCUUUUACUUCAUGGAAAUGAACACUCGGAUUCAGGUUGAACAUCCUGUGACAGAAAUGAUUUCAUCUGUUGACUUGAUUGAAGAACAAAUUCGUGUAGCUAUGGGAGAAAAGCUCCGAUACACACAGGAUGAGAUUGUGCUCAGAGGACAUUCAAUUGAAUGUCGUAUCAAUGCAGAAGAUGCUUUUAAAGGAUUCCGACCUGGGCCAGGAAGAAUAACAGCCUACUUACCAUCCGGAGGUCCCUUUGUUAGAAUGGAUAGCCAUGUUUAUCCAGAUUAUGUGGUUCCUCCAAACUAUGAUUCCCUUCUUGGAAAGCUGAUUGUGUGGGCACCAACAAGAGAAGGGGCAAUUGAACGAAUGAAGAGGGCUCUUGAUGACACUGUUAUAACAGGGGUUCCCACAACCAUUGAAUAUCAUAAACUUAUCCUUGAUAUAGAGGAUUUCAAAAAUGGAAAAGUUGAUACUGCUUUUAUUCCAAAGCACGAGGAGGAGCUACGAGCGCCCCAACAUUUGGUGCCCGCAGCUCCCAAAGAACUAGCUGGUGCAUCUGCUUAGAUGGAUGAGAGCCUUUCUUUUUCGUACGUCGGGGACAUGCUUGGCAUGUGGGAAUUCCAUUUGAAAUUUUGAUGUGUUUCUGUAUUUUGUUGGGUGUUCAAACAUGUACUGCUCAGCAUAUACGUAGGAAAUGAUGAGGGUAUUUCCAGCACUUGGUAGAGUUUUUAGGUGACUUUUGGUUGAACUUAAUUGUUGGGUUGUUGGCUGAUAAGAAGAUGCAAAGCAAGGAAACAUGUUUCGUUCAAGAUCCAGUUUUAUGUACAUCACAUGUAGUGCUCCACCAAUUCCUCUCCACUCAAAUCUAAUCUGCCUUUGUCUA